AUGAUUCAGGAGGCCAUUCAGCACAAGAAUAGAAAGCAUUGUUCCAGUCAGCUGGGCACACGGUGGAGAACACAGUUAGCCGAUGCUAACGUUACCAAUGAGUGCUACCCGGCGGAAGACAGCGGCCGGCGGCGACCCGGCCCCCCCCAGAGCCGGCGGGGACCCGGCCCCCCCCAGAGCCGGCGGGGACCCGGCCCCCCCCAGAGCCGGCCGCUGAGCCCCGGCCCCCCAGAGCCGGCGGUAACCCGGCCCCCCAGAGCCGGCGGGGAGCACCCGGCCCCCCCCAGAGCCAGCAAGGUGCUGGCCGAGAGGAACCAGGCCGUGGUGUCGGUGGGGGUCUGGGUGGAGGACGGACAAGACUUCCUGGAGCACCCCGCUGAUCUGGCUUUGCUAACUGAGGAGAUCCAGGCGGAGAGGAGGAGGGAGAAUGAGGAGAGCCUCGUACGGUUUCAGGAUGAAGUACGCCAUCGUGUGGCACAGCGAGCUCAAGUCAGCAAGAAGAGACAGCAGGUGAGACCCGACAGGAGAUUCCCACACCGGCAGCAGUCUCAGGUCUGGACCCAGCAGGAGGAGCUGAUGUCUGCAGGAGGCGCUGCACAGCAGAGGGCGACGGAGAGCAGCUUUCAGGAGUCCAGCGGAGGCAUGAGGCAGGUGAGGCUCAGACUGGCCGCCUGUCGGAUGAUCCCGCAUGGGGAAAUGACGUCAGACCUUCCCGGAGGCGAAUGGAACGUCUCUCCAUCCAGACAUAAAAGUAGAUCUCACGUGCUGAGAGCGGAGCAGGAAGAGGAGGAGGAGGAGGAGGAAGAGGAACAGGGAGAUGAUCAUCUAUUCACCAGUCAUCACGAUUGUCCCCUCGUUCAGCAGAAGCUGAGCGGAUGGUCUGAUCCUGCACUGUCGGAUCCUGGUUUCCAGUCCAGCCUCAGAGGCCAGCGGGUCCUGUGGCCUCUGACUGACCAGGAAGAGCUCAAAAGACAACGUCAGUCUCAGUUCCUGAUGCACCGCCGACUCUACAUGAACAUUGAGAGAGAGCAAGUGAAGGAGAACAAGCAGCACAGGAAGCACCUGAAGAGGACGGCAAGGAUCAAAGCAGAGAAAGAACAGAUCCGUGUGGAGGAGGAGAGAAAGCUGGAGAGGGUUCGGCAGCUCGCGGAGGCCCGGCAGAAACUGGAGGAGAGAGAGCUGCUGAUUCUGGAGCGACUGAAGCUGGAGGAGGAGGAGAGAGCCGAGGAGCUGCAGAGGAGGAAGAGGGAGGAGAAAGGGAAAGUGGCUGCACGGUUCAUCGAGGCUCUGAGGGCUCAGAUGAAGGAGCGACUGUCUCAGGAGAAGCUGGAUCUCCCUCCUCUCUGCUGCUGCGCCUCCUCUUUCUGGGACUCCCACCCCGACACCUGCGCCAACAACUGCGUCUUCCACAACAAUCCCAAAGCGUACGCCAAGGCGUUACAUUCAACCAUGUUGAGUUUGGAUUUACAUUAAAACAAGUUGAUGAACUGCAGUCGUUGAUAAAGAACAGGCUCCGUGCUGCCUGAUUAAAGGAGCAGUCCGUGGAGAAGAGAGAGAGAAGAGAGAGAGAGAGAGAUCCAGGAUGUGUUGCAGCCGGAUGGCGAGGACAUUCGUGUUUACCAGACGAUGAAUCCAGAUGACUUUGAGUUGCAGAUGUGUGAAGGUUAUCAGUCGUUCUGCCUUCAGCUGCAGGGAUUUAAUGAACUGAAGGAGAAGCUUUUCAUAGAGAAUAAAUCAGAAUAUAUAGAAUAUAUAGAAUUUAUAUUAAUGUAUAAACAUACAUAUGUGUUCCUGCUGAUUUAAAUUAAUGUAAUGGUUAGAGAGAGAUGUUCAUUAAAGGUUUAUUUGCAUUUUUUUUGUUGAUUUCUGACCUUUAAAAUAUAUUUAAAAUCCUCACAGGAAUUAACUUUUUGUUUAUUUAUUGAUAAUUAAGAAAUGUGUGUGUUAGCAGACCGUCUUUAUGUAGUUAGUGAAACAUCAGGGAGAUCAGUACGUGUGUGUAAACUUUACUAUGUGCUUUGUUUGUUUGUUUGUCUCACAUUAAUGUUCUUCAGGACUGUUUGAAAAAAUACGUAAUAAACCUUAGUUUGUCAUCUUUUUUAAUGAA